CCCUAUCUCAGUGUGUCCACUGUGAAUGCCUGUCAAGACGCAGCAGCUCUCAAACGAUGGAAGGUGACACACAGAGACUCAAUCUGAAGAGGGAAGUGGGGAUUAUAGGAGCGGUGUCAUUCAUUGCUGGAACCAUGAUAGGAUCCGGGAUUUUCAUAUCGCCCCAGUUUGUGCUGUCAGCCAUCGGCAGCCCCGGGGCCAGCUUUGUUAUAUGGUCUUGCUGUGGGUUGAUAGCCUUGCUUGGUGGGCUCUGCUACGCCGAACUGGGCACAGUCAUACCAGAGUCUGGAGGAGAAUAUAUCUACAUUCUGCGGACAGCAGGGAGAGUGGUGGCCUUUAUGUUUGUCCUCAGCUUCAUCGCUGUCAUGAGGCCUGCCAGUGCCACAGGAAUUGCCCUGAGUUUGGCUGAAUACGUCGUGGCCCCCUUUUACAGCGGAUGCACCGCUCCACAAGUCGUGGUAAAGUGCGUGGCUGCAGCAGCUAUCAUGGUGCUGGCCACAGUCAACUGUCUCAGCGUCCGCUUGGCCACCACCAUCCAGGUGGUUUCCAUGGUCGUCAAACUGCUGGCACUGGCUGUGAUCAUAUUGGGAGGGGUUGUGAUGCUUUUCCAGGGACACACUGAGAACUUUGAUAACUCCUUUGAGGGAACAUAUGUUGAUGUCAGCUCCAUUGGCAUUGCUUUCUAUCAGGGCUUGUGGUCCUUUGAUGGGUGGAACACUUUGAAUUAUCUAACCGAGGAGCUGAAACACCCAGAAGUGAAUCUUCCUCGGGCUGUUGUGAUAGCCAUCUCUCUGGUGACUGGCUUAUAUCUGCUGGUGAAUGUGAGCUACCUGACAGUAUUGACGCCGAGAGAGCUCAUGUCCUCAAGCGCGGUCGCAGUAACCUGGGGGAACAAGGUGCUGGGAAGCUGGGGCUGGAUCAUGUCUGUGGCCGCGGCGUUGUCGGCUUUUGGUUCACUGAAUGGGACGUUCUUCAGCGGCGGCCGCGUGUGCUUCGUCGCUGCUAGGGAAGGACACAUGCCAGGUAUUCUGGCCAUGGCUCACAUCCACAGGCUGACUCCAUCUCCGGCCCUGAUCUUCACUACCAUCGUCUCUCUGCUGGUGCUGAUCCCCGGAGACUUCCAGAGCAUUGUCAACUACUUCAGUUUCACCGCCUGGUUUUUCUACGGCAUCACUCUGUCCGGACUACUCUAUCUCAAGAUCAAGAAGCCGGAGCUCCCCAGGCCGUACAGGGUUCCCAUCAUACUCCCCAUACUGGUCCUCAUUGUAGCAGUAUUCCUUGUGCUGGCACCCAUCAUAGACAAUCCUCAGAUUGAAUACCUCUAUGUGACUUUAUUUAUCUUCAGUGGAGCUAUAGUUUACAUACCCUUCAUUCAUUACAAGCUCUGCCAGGGGCUGUUGACCAAGUUAACAGUGUUCCUGCAGCUGUUCCUGGAGGUCGCGCCAGCAGAGAAGAACCUGUGAUUCGGGCAGAAGAAGUGAAACUUUGCAUUUUACAUUCAAUAUGAACCGAGCGUUGACUCCCGUUUCUCAGUAGUACGUGUUGGGUUGUAUGUUUGACUGUCUUUGAAUUUGAGCAAUCUGAUAUUGUGUUCCGUUUUUGUCAGGGGCGCUUUGAGCACUACCAGUAUUUGCAGAUGAUCUUAGUUAAUUUAGAGAGCACAUAUGAAAAUAAAUAUGAAUACAAACUGCAAGGUGAAUGCUCUCACUGUCGUAAGGAGAACCUUUCAUUUCCAGGUUCCAAAUAUAAGAUGCAUAAAUGUACUUGAAAUAUAUUGUGCAACAAGAAAGAAACAGGGUUGUAUGUUCCAGUUUAUUUUGUUUUCUUGAAUGGUAAGACAUAUUUGAUUCGGGCCAGCAGGAAGAGUUCUUAGUGACGGGGAACUGCACAAGAUAUGAACACUGGAGGAAGAUUGUUCUGUUCUGCAAACACACCGAUAGCAGCAUGUAAACAGUGUGCGAAAAGAAAACAAGGCUUGUCUCUCAGCUAUUAUUGGACCUUUUACUUUUCAUCUCGUGUCAUCAUCGGGUCUACACCUGCAAAACUAUUGAUAUUCCCAUCAUCCUCAUGUUUUUGUUGUAUUUAGAGUCUGUAUGUUAGCAGUUGUGCGGGGCUACAAGAUCAGUCAUGAGACAGCUCGAUGGAGCUGGCAUUGCUGACACAAAUUAGAUUUUUUUUUAAAUUUCUUAAAUAAAAAAUAAACACUUGUACGGA